AUGGCAGGGAGUCGAAUGCUGGAGUGGGGCUCUACUGACAGGGCACAGAGGGUGACCAUGUGGGUGCACCUUGUGCUUGAGGGUGCUAGUGGGGAUGCCAAUAAGCAGGCACAACGCACAGUGUGUCUGGUGGAGGAAGAACCAGGCGCAGGGGCUGGGAGCUGCUACCAGACACCCAGAGUGGGUGGUCUCCACUCCACCCGGGAAUCUGAGUCUCAGAACCGGGACACUUCAGGCCUGCCGUGGUUCGACUGCAGAUCCACAGUGCCAGGGUCCAUCCCAUGCUGCCUGGGGAAACUGAGGCCACGAGAGGGCCAGGCCCAGCCUGAGGUCAGCAGCCCUUCUACGGUCCUAGAGACUGGAAAGGAGUCUUGGGUCGACUUUGGGCCCAUUCCGCAGGCCGGCUGGGCGCGUGAGGGUGGCAAUUGGAAGCCCCUGAAGGAGGCUCCUGAUGGUGAUACCCACAUGACCCACCCAGAAAGGGGUCCGGCCCAGGGUGGUGUCCCAGCCUUGUGCGCGCGCCCGGGGGACCGAGGAGGUGCAUGGGGCCCGACUUCCGCUCGCCGCUGCUGGGGGCCAGGCGCCAGGCGGGGGUCCCGGGGGCGGGGCGGCGCGAGGCUCCUCCCCUCUCCCUCCCAGCUCCGCCCCCUGCCCGCUCCCAGUCCCGCCCCCUCCCGCUGGGGCCGGCGGCGGCGGCGCACGCUUCCUGCGGGCGCGGCCGCUGUGGGCGCGGAGACUGAGCGAGGCGGAGCCGGCCGCGCAACCGAGCCGAGCCGAGCCGCGCCGCGCUUCGCGCACCGCCGCCGAGCAGCCGCCUGCGCCGGGAACAAAGGCCCCGCCGCCGCCGCCGCCAUGAAGCCGGGGCCGCCGCACCGCGCUGGGGCCGUCCACGGGGCAGGCGCCGGGGCCGGGACCGUGGCCGCGCCCGGGGCCCGCGGGCUGCUGCUGCCGCCACUGCUGCUGCUGCUGCUGGCCGGGCGCGCCGCGGGGGCUCAGCGCUGGCGCAGUGAGAACUUUGAGAGGCCUGUGGACCUGGAGGGCUCCGGGGAUGAUGACUCUUUUCCUGAUGAUGAACUGGAUGACCUCUACUCAGGGUCGGGCUCCGGCUACUUCGAGCAGGAGUCGGGCAUUGAGACAGCCAUGCGGUUCAGCCCCGAAGUGGCCCUGGCCGUGUCCACCACACCUGCAGUGCUGCCCACCACGGACAUCCAGCCUGUAGGCACCCCAUUUGAAGAGCUUCCCUCUGAGCGUCCUACCCCAGAGCCAGUCACCAGUCCCCCAGUGGUGACAGAGCUUCUGGAAGAGCCCAGCCAGAGAGCCACCACUGUCUCCACCACCAUAGCAACCACCGCUGCAACUACAGGGGCCCCGACUGUGGCCACAGCACCUGCCACCAUGGCCACUGCUGCUCCCAGCACCCCUGCAGAACCCCCUUCCACGGCCACCACUGCUACCAUAAGGACCACUGGCAUACGGAGGCUUCUGCCUCUUCCACUGACCACAGCUGCCACAGCCCAGGCCACCACCCCUGCGGCCCCCUCAACCCCCACCACGGUGGCUGUCUUGGACACGGAGGCCCCAACACCCAGGCUGGUCAGCACAGCUACCUCCCGGCCAAGGGCCCUUCCCAGACCAGCUACCACCCAAGAGCCUGAUGUCCCUGAGAGGAGCACCUUGCCCCUGGGGACCACGGCCCCUGGACCCACAGAAGUGGCUCAGUCCCCGACUCCGGAGUUCCUCCUGACCACAGUCCGGGAUGAGCUGGAGGUACCAGUGAGUGGAGGCCCCAGCGGGGACUUUGAGCUGCCGGAGGAAGAGACCACGCAGCCAGACACAGCCAAUGAGGUAGUGGCUGUGGGAGGUGCUGCAGCCAAGCCGUCACUCCCGCCUGGAACACUACCCAAAGGUGCCCACCCAGGCCCCGGCCUCCUGGACAAUGCGAUCGACUCCGGCAGCUCAGCCGCUCAGCUGCCCCAGAAGAGCAUCCUGGAGCGGAAGGAGGUGCUUGUAGCUGUGAUUGUGGGCGGGGUGGUGGGCGCCCUCUUUGCCGCCUUCCUGGUCACACUGCUUGUCUACCGAAUGAAGAAGAAGGACGAAGGCAGCUACACACUGGAGGAGCCCAAGCAGGCGAGUGUCACAUACCAGAAGCCUGACAAGCAGGAAGAGUUCUACGCCUAGCGGAGCCUCAGUGCCUCCCGGCAGCCUCAGCCGCCCUCACCCAGUCCCAGCCCAGCCUUACUGGCCCAGGCCUUCUUUGCCCUCCCUCCCAUGGCCUGCCCAGGCUGCCAGCCGCACACAUUGCCCUGAGGAAGGGGUACUGCCAUCUACCCCAGACUGUGUCCUUAUGAGCUCACCUCUUGUCUCUCACCAGCCUGGGGGUUUGGGAUCUUAUGUCAGUGGGGUAGGAGGAAGGAAGCUCCUGAUUGGCUGGUGGGAGAAGAGGAAGGGUGGGGGCUGAGAUGGCCUGAGCCUCUGUGAAAUCCCAGAGGGCUGGCUCAGUCUCCUUCCUGGGUCAGAGAGGCCCUCAGGCUGGCUUCUGGGACCAACACACACAAACUUGGCCCUUGAAAUCAUCUAGACACUGUAGCCUCACCCCUGUCGCAGGGCCUCUCUUUGCCUGGUUGAGGGGAGGGAUGUCCUUUGUCACCAGCCUAUUUUGUCCUGGCCUCCCAGGGGUUGUGGGACCAUGCUCCCCUCUCCUCUGCCCAGUGCAUACAUGCCCCAGCCUUCCCUUCCUCUUCCCCCAAGGACAUGACUUCCUGAGAGUGCAGGGCCAGCCACUGGUGAGGACAGCCACCUGAUGUCCCGCCUGUGAGUGGACUCUACACUGACACCACCCGCUCUGUUAUACAUAUUGUCACUUGGUCACACACAAGACACAGUGGAGCAAUGACAAAAGCGCAUACCCAGCGGUGACCAUCCAGUCCGUCCAGACAGGUCACAGACAUGCUGUCCAAAGAUGUGUCUCUUCGUGCAUUGCUUACCCAACCCUUCAGACACCUCUGUAAUGCAAGUCACUAGUCCCGGUCACCUGAAUGGUGACAGUGUGGCCUGCCUCUCUGGCCCCCCUGCACACCCUGGCCCCACACACAUCACACUGAGCUCUUUCAGGCUCAUUGGAGAAGGCAGAAUUAUGUUGGACCAGUCAGCCCAUAUUGGGUCUCAGUUGCCCUGUUGCACUUGGUCCCACAUCAAGGUGCCCACACCAGCCACCUUGCUCCCCAUCCCAGCCUCUGUCAGGCACAGUUCCGCAUGGAUGUACAGUCUUAGUCCACACAGCCCUGCACUCACUGGGGGAAGACAGGUGGGUGCUUGGCUUUCCUGGAAUAAAGUGUGAUGUGAGGGGACAUUGCCACCAGCCCUCCCAGAGCUUUUCAUACCCGAAGGCCUGGCCUCACCCCUGACUGCUUCCCUUCUCUCUGUGGCCUCAAGGGGAGAGGUUCAGGACCAGCCCUGCCCACUGAGAGCCCUGGGACUUCUCCAAGGCUGGAGAAGGACAGGGUUGGGUCCUGAAAUUUGGCCCUGGGCGGUAGAGGGUGCCUGGGUCUCCCUGGACCAAGGGCCCUGGGUGGGGAGGGGGCUCAAGGUCUGUCUCCUGUCUCCUGCAUCCUUUUCCUGCUCUGCGUUAGGGGGCUGAUUCUGCCUCCCAGGACACAAGUUUCCAAAGUGCCUGUGAGGGCUGGCCCUCCGCCCGGGCCCUCUGCAUCCUCUGCCCCACCCACCCAUUUGACCAAACAAGUCAGCAGUUCUGGCUGCUGCUGCUGCAUGGGCCCACAGCUGCCCAAAGCAGCCCAUCCAGAUGCCCCAGGCCCCAAGGGCAGAUAUUUGAGGGACUAGAACAGGUGACAGCAAGAAGGGUUGUGUCACAGGCCCCAAGCCUGCUUUCCCCUUUGUUGUUACCCUUGAAAGUGGGGCCAUUUUAUAGGUAUUGGAAGUGUGGGGUCACCACUCCUUUGGGCGAGGGUAGCCUGAUGGGGGCUCUGGGAGCCAAGGGGAUGUGGUGUGACUUGUGACUGGUUGGCCCUCCCACCCCACAUCUCACCCACAGCCAAAUCCAAGUCAGGAGCCCACCCUAGUUUUAUUUCUGUUUCCUUUUCAAGAUUACCUGGCAGUGGGCUUCUGCAGAGGAGGGGCCUGAGAAAGCAAGGGCCAGGCGCCAGGGGUCCUUCAUCCAGACCCUGAAGCCCUCCUCGGCAGGGCCCAGAGUUGUGUGAGGAAGUCAGCCAGCUGGAACCUCGGAGGAGGGGUGGGGAGGGGAGGGGAGGGGGAUUGGCCUCCUUAGGCCCUGCAGCAGAGGGGCUGGGCAUAACCAGCCUCCCCCUGCCCUGGUUCCUGGUGAGCUGCUGUCUCAGGGACGGCAGCUCUGGUGAGAAGGCCCGGGCAGGCCAAGGCUGGGAAACCAGGGAGUGUGAAGGAGGCAGUGCCUGGGCACCCAGGCCCCAGGGACGCUGGCAUUGGUGCGGGGGACCAGUAGUGAGCAGAAUUUCUGCCUGUGGCUGGAGGCCAACAUGGGGUGGCCUUGGCUGGCCUGAUUUCUCAUAGCUCAAGCACUGGCUCUGGACUGGGGCCUAUGGACUUGGCCUCUUGGCACUGGUCCCUCUUCUGUGUCCUUUGCCUUUGAAAGAGAGGCCGAGGGCCUUGUGCAUGGAGCCCUGGACCCACGGCCAAGGUCCAGGCUUUAUCUCCAUGAAGUUUAAUGGUCUGCCCAGGCCAGGUCCUUCAGGCCGGUCUGUGGGCAGGGUGGGGGGCAGGGCAAUCAAAGAGCCCAGCCAAGGACGAGCUGGAGCUCUCUACAGUGCAAUGGGGGUGUGGGGCCCUCACCCCAGCCCAGGUACGGUGUGGAAUGUGCAGGGCUGGCCAGGUGGGCCCAUAGACGCCCAAGUGCUCCUGAGAGGGUGUGCUGCAGGCCCUGGCAUUUCCUGGGAGCACAGCACAUUCCAAAUGAGAUGGAGCUUGUGUGGCUUGAGAACUCUCCUAGGCUUUGAUCAAUGGAGGGCAAGGCAGGCUGAGCCGAGCUGGGGGUGGGACCGGCCUUGGCUGUGGUUUCUAGAGCCCAAAUUCAGUCUCUCCAGGUGGCCAGACUCGAUGGGACUUCACCUGAAAGGCUGGUCCACUCGAUCACUGGAAGAAUGGGGUGGCAAACGGGGCUGGACAGGCCUAUGACAGGGACUUAGGGAGCUCAGGCCAGACCCUUGGGCUUGGCAAAGCCGCCCAUCAGGCCAGGCUGGGAGCAGAGCUGACUUUGUCUCCUAGGCAGGAGUGGCCUUCCUGGAUCUCCUGGCUUUCCUCCGCCAGCUGCAGCCUUGGACUUGCCCCCCUGCGUCUCUGGUCUGUAAAUAGAAGCCCACAACUGUACAGAUUGAGCGAGGCCGAGGCUGGGCCUGGGAGUCACCAUCUGAGGGCUGAAGGUCCUGCAUCCCCAGAUGCCCACCUGGCCCCAGUGUGACGAAUGCAUGUAAAUAUUUCUCGUAGGCAGCGUGGCUCCAGAGAGCCCCCUAAAGACAGUGUCCCCCUCUGGUACGUCCUUUCCUCUGUACAGAGCCCUCCCAGCCCCGGCCGGUGGUGGGUGGGAGUUCGUCCUUCCCAGCCUUUGGUCUUCCCCACUCUCUCUCCCCCAUAACCUCUUUAUUAACCAUACCUGUCCUGAAUUCAUGGCCAAAACUUUCAAUAAGGAGAAGUGGAGGAAGGACAGUGGACAAGGUGACCAGGGCACUGCCCCACUGUAGGAGUGUGCCUGGCCCAGCCUGGGGAACGAACUGGUUUGUUUUUUAUUUUUGUUUUUAACAUUUCCCGUGCUGUGCCCAUUUAUAAGAGGAAAUAAAAUUAAGCUGAAAUGAU